AAAAAAACACGAAAACAAACAUUAUUUAAAAAAAAAAAUUACAUUUUUUUUUUUUUUUUUUUAAACAUUAAAAAAGGAAAAGAAAGCGAUGUCAUCGUUACAUCUUAUUUUAACAAACAUUUACAAUACGUCAAAUAUAUAGUUCUAUUUUUUGCCGCGGGUUAAAACUUGUAUAUAAUUAAAUCAUGAAUGAUGUGAAUUGUUUAUAAUUUAGCGUUUUUAUCUUGUUUUUAGAAACACGAUCUGUCUUGAAAGUGCUCUACGCGUGCGGUUGCCAUAUUUAGAAUACCAUGUGUUACAUGGCGGCACGUGACCUGAGCGUCAUCUCCUUGGAGAAGAACUGAAUGUACCGUUAUCCGUCAGAUUGCUUGGUCAGUAACUGGACACUGCAAGAAGUCGUAUCAUCAUCAUCAUGUCACAAUCCACUUAGGAUGGCACGUUUGUCGUGGGCUUCACCAGAUUGUGCAUGAUGUUAGAAUGACAGUGGCAGUUUGUGGUUGACAAGACUUGGAGGAUUAUUUCAUGUUAGAAUGACCAUCACAGUUUGCGGGUGACAAGUCUUGGAGGAUUAUUUCUGUCCAGUACUCCAUCAUGGAGGAUAUUCAGUGGCUGAGAUCGGGCAUUGAUGGAUUGUUCUACACAUCUUUCAUCUGGAUGUUACUUGCAUCAGCUGUCAAUUCAGAAACAGUGUACCUCGACAAGUACGGCCACUGUAUCGCCGAUGACUUCGUUAUUGAUGGCGACGUGUACCUGGUGUUGCCGAAGGGUGGUGGCCUGCAGCAUGAGACUCUGCACUGCGACGUGACGUUCAAGGCGAGGGCUGACAACGGCAUCUGCCUCACCUUCAACAACAUGUACAUCAAAGACUGCGGAGUCAAACUGAAAAUAUUUGCCAAAUCUUCAGCGUCAGGCUUUGCUUGGAGAACGUUUGGCUGUGAUGAGACUUUUCCCAAACAGAUUUGUUCAGGCAGCAGAUAUGUAACCAUCAAGUUACAGAAAGAAAAACUCAACUCAAAUAAAAACUACGACUUUGAAAUCCGAGUGGAAGAAAUGUCUCACAUUCUUAACAGCGAGAAUCAAACAGGAGCCAGAAUAGGCGAGUCUUUCACCGGUGAGAGUGUUUUCUUCGUGUCUGUCGGCAUCUUCGUUGCCAUCAUCGUGGGCGUCAUUGUCCUCAUCAUCAUCCUGGCUGUUCUCAUCAUAUGCUGCUGCUGUAAGAAUCGGCAGCGCACCACGGGUCACGUGUACCAGGCCACGUCCAGCGCCCCGUCCCACGUUGAGCCGUCCGCUCCACCUCCACCUCUCUAUGAAGAGCAAGGGCAGACAACUCCUGGCUUGUAUCCACCACUUCCACAUAAUAUACAUCCAGCCUGUGACGAGCCUCCACCGUACACGCCACAUCCAGAGUCUUCAUAUGGCUCACAGGCCUACCCAGCGCCAUUGGAAACAAAGACACAGUAUGCAUAAUGAUCGCUCGUAUUUUUGUACAAACAGAAAUUAUUCAUUGCCAUCAGUGUCAUAAGCGUGUCAUAAUUACAAACUGGGUUCCUAGUUUUCAGAAGUAACAAAUGUACAAGUUGUAUUUUUGUAAAACACAGACUUCAAAAAGGACUAUAUCAUUUGGAAAAUGUGUUUAUUAUUGAUAGAUAUUUAUAAAUUAUAUACUGCCUAUAGGUGUAUCAUGUUUCCAAGUUUUCUUUAUUAAUUAAUAAAUGAACCAGUGGCUGGUCUGACCCAUGGCACUAACGACCGCCAGUAGUAGGUGGUUACAAGUGCCUCUUAAACAAUGGCCAGAACUAACUACAAAGUGGUCGGACUGAGCCCACAGCUAAAGCUGAUGGGGAAAUGGCAGGUGUGUGGUACAGAUAGCCACAAGAGACAGGCACCUGUCAUGGUUGGGAGAUACAAGGACUGGGAUGUGGAGGUGGACAGUGAAAGAAGUUGAAAGCUAGGAGGAGCUGCCAGAUGAGGAAGGAAUGAGAUGGAUGAGGAAGCAAUGAGAUGGAUGAGGAAGAAAUGAGAUGGAUGAGGAAGGACAGCGGGAUAAAAAUAAAUAAAAAAUAAAAGAACAAGAAUAUUAUUUAGAAGGUACAGAUUACUUUAUGAAUGUUUUGGUUGCCUGCUAACAUGCUUAAGUCAGUUGAUGAACGAGACAUUAAACAAGUAAUACUUUUAAAACAACAAAUAAUUCUUAUACAAUAUGUUACAAAAUGUUACAAUCCAUACUAAACAUCACUAGUGACUAAUUCUCUUCAACAUUUUUGGCAGCCAGUAGUUCACAUUUAGGAGCUGCAGAUACACAAUUAAAGAGACUUGUAGUUUCUGUUGGGAAUCACAUGUUGGUAAACCUGUAAAUAUAAUAAUACAAGGAAUACACGGAGACGACAAGAUUCCCAGUUUCUUCAUUGUCUCCAUGGUUCAUGAGCUUGCGACACAUUUGUCUGACUGUUGCUAAUAUCUUUUUCACAUCAAUGUACUUUGUUAUAUGUGAACAGUGAAAUCUUUCUAUGAAGGCCACCCAGAUAACCUUCAUGACCGUUUGGGUAGCACACCAUCAUUUAAUGUUCAUUACAGUUGCAUGUACUCUGUCCAAAUAUGUUUUGUACAAGAUGCAUUGGUACUGAGGGAAUAUUUAUACAAUUACUGGAUAACUGUAAUAUAACAAAAUAAAUAUAGCUUGAUCACAAUGUUUUUUAGUUAACCCUUUUAAGGCCCAUUUCCCAAUAAUGCGAUUUCGUGCAUGAAUUUAUCGAUAAGGUGCUUUUCCAUAAAUGCAACUGCUAAAAAUUGUUUUUGAUCAAUGAGCGAUUUUUUAGUGUGUUUACAUCAUUACAUGAAGUAUAUACUUUUGGCUUAAAAGAACACAUCGAUGAUGUCGGGUUUUUUUUAUAGUAAUCCACUUGCGAAAAUACAGAUAUGAAAAAGCACAUUUCCACGCAGUGAAACACACACGAUAAAUCAUAUGCAGAUAAAUCAUAUGCAGAAUCGUGUGAAUGAAAAGUGGGUCUAAGUCUGUGUGUUCUAUUUCAUUGUAAUUUACCCAUUUCCAUGUGACAGUGUAGUAAAUGUACAGUUGUUAUUAUUUAGUGAAAAAUGUAACACAUAACUUUGAAGAUUGGAUAAUUUAAAUAUUAUAACAGCCAACCUAUAUGUAAUUAUCAAAGGAAUUUUUAUAUAUAGAUACAUAUUAAUUUUACAUUGAAGUCAUGUUCCUUUGACAGACCCAUUAUUUGAUUCAGUUUUUCCUCAUGCCGACCAGUAGCCCAUAACUUGUAUAUUAAAAACCAUGGUGUAUGCUGUACUGUCUGUAGGAAGGUACAUAUAAAAGAUCGUUGUUGCUACUGUAAAAACUUGGGAGUUUUCUCUGAAGACGACAUAUCAGAAUUACUAAAUGUUUGAAAUUUAGUUGCUGAUUAUUGAUAAAUCAAUGUGCUCUAGUGGUGUUGUUGAACAAAACAAACUUCAACUUGUUUUCUGGACCGGCUUGUAUUAACCUGCUGUAAGUAGUAAUGACAUGAAAAACGGUGGUGUGCAUCCAUUCUGACUAGGUAGCCUUUAACAGUGGCGGAUCCAGAAAAUCCAUUUUGUGGGGGGACCAAUGAGGCGGAACGCCAAGAGAACUUUGGGGGAGAUUUGGAGAGAUUGUGAAGAAAAAAAAAAAUUAAUAUAUAAUAAAAUUAUAACUCACAAAAUUUAGGGGGCCUCCCCUAGAUUCGCCUCUUGUUUAAAUAUGUAUUACAAUAUUUGUUUACAGAAGGGACCACUUUUACGUCCUCUCUGUCAGUUGUUAUAGACGGUGUACUUUAUAGUGGGUCAAACUGUACAUAUCCAUGUUUCUGCAUGCUCCCGAGGACCAAAUACAUGAAUAUGUAGGUUUAAGUUAUAUGUAAAUAUCACUCCUGUACAUACUAAGAUAAUAUGUGAAAUAUAUUUAUAAGAUAUUUUAUGUAAGUGUCCAUCUAUCUGUCCAUCCGUCUAUCCAUCUAUUGUCUGUUUACCUGUCCAUCUACCUGUCUGUCUAUCUGUCUGUACCUGUCAUUUCCAUCUACCUGUCUGUCUACCUGCUGAUCAUGCCCGUCAUUGUGGUGCUAUUAACACUUUGUUCAUUGGUGAUUGGUCAAUAUUUGUUAUUAUUUUGUUAUGUUCAGAUAAAGUUUUGUUUUGUGACAAUAGUGCUAUUAGGCCAUUUUGUUUUUAGCCGAUAUACCAAUAGCCAAUGUUUUGUUUAGUAUUUAUUUUGUAAUCAAUAAAAUAUUUUUUUGUUCCACACAAUACAUUUUAUAAAUAGGAUCAUGAAAAUUAUUAAUCUUUGUAAGACAGACUUUCAUGAGUUUCUGCCAUUGUAAAAUGUUUCCGGCUAAUACAGCCUUGUUAUUGACUAACAGACCUCGAUUAUUUUAAAUUAAGAAGAGCCAUCACUCUCGCUUGCCGUCACUCACCUGAAACUAGUUCAAGGAGAGUAAUUUUUAGCUCCCCUUAGCAUGUGCAUUUAUAAUAAUCUAAGUUAGAGGAGCAAUUAAUCACUCAAAUCAAUUGUCUGGACUAAACUUACGUAUUAAAUACAUUGUCUUGUUUAGAAUACCAAUGUCUGUAUCCACAAUGUGUUUUUGGUCAUCUUAAUGUUUAUAAAAGCUUACAUGUUCAGGACAAAUGCAGAAUUGCUGAGUUCCACAUUCUUACGUUGUCAGGAUACAGCCAGUAUGACACGUCAUUACCUGAUGUUUUCUAUUUAAUAUGUAAUCUUAGUUACUGAAACGAUUCUGUUAGGUAGAAACAUGUUAUAAUGGCAACCAACGUGGGAAAGUCUUUUCAGUGUUUAUCAACAGUAAUAUAGGACAUAUGUGACUGCAUCUACAAAAAAGAGAGUACAGAUGAGGCUUGACAUUAAUCAUAGUAAACAUUGUCUAAAUGAUGUUAUGUGGAUGCGUGACGGGCACCUAUUUGUUGAAAACGAUAUCGACAGGUAAUAAUUUUAUACAUUAGGCCUACUUCAAAAGGAAAAGUGUUUUCUGUCAAUUAUUGUCUGUUUAUUAGUUUCAUGAUAAAUUACCUCAAAUAUUAUAAUAAAGCUCUUUACACUCAAAUUGUGUUUAAAAUAAAAACAACUCUCACUAUAACUAGAUGUUCAAGAUUCCAGUCAUUACGUUUCUUUGAGCAGAAAUAGCUUGUCAUCACAAUCUUAGUGACCACUGACCAUCAAAAAAUGCCAAAAUAAUAUUGUACUAUUUUCCCUCAUCUGUACUAUUGUUUGUAGAUACGAUCAUAUAUUAUAACAGAUAUGGUUUUAAAAAGGUAAAUAAAACAGUACCUUCCUGCAUCUUUAAAUAUCAUUGAAAAUGUUUGCCUACUUUAUAAAUAUAGUUUUCAGCUUUACUGCCUUGGGUUUCUGUGAUAAUUAAUGUACAUUUUGUAUUUUAUUUGCUGAACAAUUGUCAAGUCUUGUAUUUAGUAAGCAAAUGUCAGAAUUCCUUCUGCUAAUAAAGAAAUCGGAGGAUUACAUUUAGAAAAUAUUGAUCUCUUAAAUUAUAUUAUUUUAGUGGUAACUGUACAAUUCUGAGUAUAAUCAUUAUUUUUUGUUUGUUAGUGUUAUUUUGUUGAUUUUUUAAUAUUUGUAUACUUAUAUAUACUGUAGUGAGAUGAUAGCAAGAUGGUAGUUUAUAAUAUUUGGUUUAAGUUUUUGUGUAAAUGUGUGAUUCGUGCCAUUAAACUAGAAAAUAGACAAUGUUUAUAGAAAGAAAUCCUUUAACAGACAUAAGUAAUGUAAAACAUAUAAUUUUUGUACAGGAAGAUAAAAUAAGAAGACAUUUGCUUUGAAAUUUGUUUAAAAAUUAUGUUUAUUUAUGAACAUAUAACUGUUAUCUAGGCAAGCUUUAGUUUCAUUUUUGAAUUUAAAAACAAUUGAUUCUUAUUUUGGCAGCCGUGUUACCAUAUAGACUUACUAUAAUUUAGAACAAAUUUCCACAAAGUAUUAUUGAGUUGUGUCCCGUAAUUCUAGAAUGGUAAUAUUGAGUUUUGUAAUUCUAGAAUCUGAGAAAAUAUAGAGUUUAUACCAUAAUAGCAAAUUUGAAAAGGAUUAUGCUGAUUGUGGAUCUAUUUAUUUUACUAAUGUCACUCAACACUGUAUUAUUAUGGUGACAGUAUGAUCUGGUUUUCUUGCUUUAUAAUUACGUGUAUUUCAAAAAUAUUGUAGUAAUGAGAGAGAUAGUUGAAUGGAAUAUACACUGUAUUAAUAAAUGUGUAGGAAGUGGUUUUAUAUGGAUUUGAUUGGUUAAAUAGUUAUGUCCCAUGUUAGCAAAUAACUUUAUAGAGGAAAUUGAUUAUAUAUGAUUCUACAACUACAAUACAAAUAUAGAUGACAAGAAUGACAGUAUUAUUUUAAUUGUAAAAGUUGAUGACAAAGAUAUUGUUUGAAAGUAAUACUUUGAGGUUGCAAAUGUAAAACGGAAACUUUUUAAACUGGUGAUUGUUAUCAUUUUAUAGAUAUAGAUGUCUGUUCGAAAGAAUACAUGUAAAUAUAAUAUAUAUUUAUCUAAUAGAGUAAUAAUUUAGUUUUUAUAGAUAUAUGGUGCCACAAAGUUUGCAUUUAAUUUUUGUUUGUAUUUAAUUUUUGUUUGUAUUUUGUGUUUAUUUAAUAGAACAAGGGAAUGUGCAAUUUGUUUUUGGUUAUUUAUUUAAGGUUAUUUCAUGCUACCUUUGUGCAUGCUGAAUCAAUGUGAUCCUUUUGUUACUCGUGUUAGUUUACUCAAAUAUCAUUUUGAAAGUUAUUUGUGAGCAAAUUUCAAUGUUUGUGAUUAAACAAAAUACCUGUUGUAAACUAGAUAAUAAAUAUACAACUAAACAUGUCUCUGUAUUGAGAGAUGAGAAUAAACUUCAUACACACAUUUCAGACUUUUCAUAGCAGGAGGGAGGGAGAUCUGUAUCUUUGUUGUCAUGUAGUUUGAUAAACAAGAAUCCUCAACUUAUUGUAAAUCAGGAAAUGUUGGUGACAACAACAACAAGAAGUUUAUUCAGGAAAUGUCAACAAGAAGAAGUUUAUUCAGGAAAUGUUGGUGACAAUAACAACAAGAAGUUUAUUCAGGAAAUGUUGGUGACAACAACAACAAGAAGUUUAUUCAGUAUUAAGGCCACAGGCCCAAAAAAACCACCCGAAAAAACAUAUAUAUUUUGUCGUAUGCAAGUGGUUAACUUACAAAACAUCAUCACUUAGCUUUCUUAUUAAAGAUACCUGAUAUAAAAACAAUGACAAAUUGUACAGCAAUAGUUCAUUUGUAGAUGACAUCAGCUUCACAAAAAUAAUCGAAGGAUGUAAAUGCGAAUAUUUAUUGAUAAAAUAAAAAAGAAACUUUUAUAUAUGUUUGGGGGGGGGGGGGGGGCCUGUGACCUUAAUAUUCAAUAAACUUAUUGUUGUUGUUGAAAUGUUGGUGAGCAUAAAAUUUUAGCGAGGUUACCCAAAAUGCUAAUAUUUCAUGGUGCUAAGUUUAAAGAGACACAUAGGCGUACGAAUUAAACAAAAUUUCCUGAAUCUGGAUAACAACAUUUAUUCAUAUUAGCAUUACUACCAAAUAGCUCUAUAGGGUUGCAAACUAAUCACUACACAUUUUUACAUGGAUUACAACUAAUUAUGAGCGUAGAAUGAUGGUAAAAAAAAGUCUCAGGUUAUCCCAUUUUUCCUCAAUAUCUGUAUAAUUUUUGCCUGAAUUUGAGGUUUUGCUCCCGUGUCUUGUACUUAUGAAGAGAUGUUUAACAGAAUGUUUCAAAAUAUUUUAUGUGAUUGUUUUGUCAGUGAUUAACUAAACACAUAACAAUGUUUUAUUUCACCUGAUCGUACAACUUAUCUUUUUUAUGUCUAACAUGACAGACAACCUCGCUAAGUUUUAUGUCCCUAAUAUGUCAGUUAUUUGGAUUUCACUAAAUUUUAAGAUCAAUAAUAUUUUAUGAUGUACAGUAUAAAACAUUUAAUGAAAAAUUAAUUACUUCACCAAAAAUGGCAUGGACUUGUUAGGUUAGGACCCUCGUCUAAAUCCAUGCCUGCAAUGACCAAUGACUUAAAACAAAAUUUAGUCACAUUUUAGAUUAAGGUGCUAAAGUAUAUUUUAAAGAACAAAUAUGAUUUGUGUGGCUCUAAGCACACAUCUGAUUUGCGUUUCAUCUAAUGUUGGAUUAUGUGUCACAUUUGGGGAAUAGCAACAUUUGGUCUACCGGUAGUUUGGUUUUAUUCUGUUAGAGGAAGAGCUCAAACAUCACCCUUGCUCAAGCUCUUUUUAUUUGUCUGCACACCAGCGUUUUGAGCACAUGGCUUACAUCCCCGUGGAAAAUCUGGAUCUGUAUCUAAUCUGUGCCAUUAUACAGCUGAUAGUUCUUCAACACUAAACUAUUAUUAACCAUUUUAUUAUUCACUUUAAUUAAAAUCUCAAGUUGCAUUUCCAUUUUCAUUAUAUUUUUCAUUUUUGUUUUGAAUAAAAUGAAUCUUUUCAUUUUGUUUGCAAUGUAUUUUUGGAGUAUAUCAGUUUGCUAUUUUACUGAAAGAUCAAUGUUUACAUUUAUUAUUGUUUUACUGCCUAAUGAUGAUCAGAUCUGAUGAAUAAACAUGACAGUACAACACC